CCUGAGCAUGGAGCCCCCGCCAUCGAGGCCCAAAGCCCCUUCCUUCCUGUCGGACCUGGGCAAGGCCACCCUGCGGGGCAUCCGCAAGUGCCCCCGCUGUGGCACCUACAACGGCACGCGGGGGCUGAGCUGCAAGAACCAGCGGUGUGGGACGGUGUUCCGGCCCGGCGCCCGCCGCCCACCCGGCCCCGGCACUGGCACUGACCCCGGCGCCGUGCGCGUCCUCACCGGCUCUCCCGCUCAGCUCUACUCCGUGCGGCACCGCGGGCACCACGCCCGCUGCUUCGUGGAGCUGGGGGUCUCCGAGACCGCCAUCCAGACUCCCGAAGGCACUCUCAUCACCCAGCUGAGCUCGGGGCGCUGCCCCACGCGACUCCCGCCUGCGGGGACAAGCUAGUGCCAGCACUCUGUGAAGCUGGCACUGGGCUGCCAGGCUGAGCCACGCCGCUUGCCCCUCAAGAGCUCUGUGCUGGGCUCCCUGCAGGUGCCUCCCGAGGCCAAGCAGAGCCUGUGGGAGCUGGCGACGGAGCCCACGGGGCCGCUGGUGCAGAGGGUCACCAGGAGCGUGCUGGUGGUCAAGUGCCAGGCCAGCCAGAGGCACGGCCUGGGCUACCUGCACGCCUGCUUCGCUCAGCACCGCUUCUCCUGCGCCUGCCGGAGCCCCCGCGCUGGGCACGGCAAGGGGGAGGAGGAGGAGGAGGAGGAGGAAGAGGUCCCACCAACACGCUGCAUCCACUUCCUCGCCUGCAUCUGCGCCUUCGCCAGCGACGAGAGCCUGGCCCAGGAGUUCGCCGAGUUCCUCGCUUCCGACGCCGGGGGUCUGAAGGGUGCGGUGAUUCCGCAGCUGGUUUGUGGCCCCGGAUCCACAGCACGGCCUCGGGGGGUGGCUGCUGCCAAGACCAGGAAGAGGAAAAAGGAUGUGGGGCCGGGGACACAGGUGACCAGCCCGCUCCUGGCUCCGGACCCGGCUCAUCCCGGCCCCAGAAGGAGCAGCCUCAGGAAGCCACCCGUCGCCUCGUCCUCCCUGAAGAGACACAGUGAGUCUGGGGGCACCCAGGGCCCCCUUGGCAGUUCCCACUCUGGGUUUAUGUAGAUUUAUAUGGGUAUUGGGAAGGGAUUCUUCCCUGAGAGGGUGGUGAGGGGCUGGGAUGGAAUUCCCAGAGAAACUGCAGCUGCCCCUA